UGACAGAGGGCGGAGCCUCCUCCGUUACCGCCCCGCAGCGACAGGUCGUGGCGUCCCACUUAGAGUGGCCUGGGUCUCCUGGUUCACAGGCACCGCCGGCGGCUUGGCGCUGCCGAGGACCCGCGCGCGUGAACUCGUCCCCACGGCUGCGAGGGUUCCCCUAGGCCGAGGCGCGGAAGCGGGGCGCGCCGGCCUCCCGGCCACUGCCCGCCUGCUCUUCGUGGUCGCCUACGCCGUCCGUCCGGCGCGAUGGGUGCCAACGAGGACCAGGAGAUGGAACUAGAAGCUUUACGUUCUAUUUAUGAAGGAGAUGAAAGUUUCCGGGAAUUAAGUCCAGUUUCAUUUCAAUAUAGGAUAGGUGAAAAUGGCGAUCCCAAAGCCUUCUUAGUAGAGAUUUCCUGGACUGAAACAUAUCCUCAGACACCUCCAAUUAUAUCUAUGAAUGCUUUUUUUAACAACACCAUCUCCUCCGCUGUAAAGCAGAGUAUAUUAGCCAAGUUACAGGAGGCAGCGGAAGUCAAUCUUGGAGCUGCCAUGACCUACACACUAUUUGAAUAUGCUAAGGACAAUCAAGAGCAGUUCAUGGAGAACCACCAUCCUGUUAAUUCUACCACAUCUGUAACCAAUGUCAUCUCAGUUGAAACUCCCAGCACAGCCCCAUCAAAUAAGAAAAAGGACAAAAAAGAACAGCUUUCAAAGGCUCAGAAACGCAAGCUGGCAGACAAAACAGAUCACAAAGGGGAACUUCCUCGAGGCUGGAACUGGGUUGAUGUCGUGAAGCAUUUAAGCAAAACUGGCUCUAAAGAUGAUGAAUAACACCCAACACAAAGGAAGAGUGUCCUUUAAAUAGUAAACAGUGUUAACAUCUUUCAUUAUUUUUUUCUGGUACUGAGGAGGCUUUUUAUAAGAUAGAAUUCUUUUAUAUGUUUCUUAAAAAAUGUCAGUGGAAAGUUCCUGAAGAGAUUUGGUUGAGCUAAAUGAUUUUCACAAACUUGCCUUAAUAAAAGGUAAAA